AUGGGCAACAGAGACAAAGACAGCAUCAACAAGUUCGUCACCGAUUUCCUCGCCCAGUCCAGCAACCUCACCGGUAGCGCAAGAUGGUUCACGUACUUUGACACCCACCCCACAGAUCUAGAAACCGGAAACAGCGGCCUAUGGGACUUCAAGGAUAGACAAGUACGGAACUCGUGGCACCGAGCUACGGAUAACUGGUGGUUGGAUCUACGCUUCAAGACGCAACCGGACGUACCAUUCCGCUACAGGAUUGCCUCUCGAGAAUACCACUCCCUGUCCCCCAUCUUCAUGACCGGCGACGGGAAGCCCAACGCCGAGGUCAUGUUCCACGGCAAGAUCCACCUCACGAUGAUUCAGAACCAGACUAUUAUCUUGAGAGGGGAUGCCUACAAUCUCCCGACGGAGGACUAUCAUUCAGAGAGGGAGUCUAUACCAGAGAGACCCAAAAGGUACGACUUUACUGUUUGGGGCAGGUUGGUCCGACGAGCUGGGGAAAACGAGAUACUAAACGACCGGGAGACGGACCAAACCGGGGAAGACAAGCGAGUAAAACGCGAGAGUGAUGAUGAUGAUGAUGAUGAUGAUGAUGGUAUGGUUCUGCUCUCAACUUGUGGAAAUGGGAAGCGUUCAAGUCCUGGGAGUAUGACAUGA